AUGUUAUACGGCUGGUUCCGCGAGAUCAACUCGCAAUGGCCUGGACAAGCCAUGACUUUGAAGGUCAACAAAGUCCUGCACGUCGAAAGGUCUCUGUUCCAAGACGUCCUUGUCUUCGAGUCGGAAACCUUUGGAAAUGUUCUUGUCUUGGACGGUGUCAUUCAAUGCACUGAGAGGGAUGAGUUUUCCCACCCCAACCCCAAAAAGGUUUUGGUUAUUGGAGGAGGUGACGGAGGUGUUGUGCGAGAGGUGCUAAAGCAUGACACUGUCGAAGAGGUUGUCCUUUGCGACAUUGAUGAGGCCGUUAUCCGUGUUUCCAAGAUCUACCUCCCACACAUGUCUGCUCUUCUCGCCUCUCCAAAAGUUACUGUCUAUAUUGGAGACGGUUUCAAGUUCCUCGCUGAUAACGAAAACACCUACGAUGUCAUUAUCACCGAUUCGUCGGACCCUGUCGGCCCCGCCGUCACUCUCUUCCAGAAGCCCUACUUCCAGCUCCUUCACGACGCGUUGACCCCUGGAGGACACAUAUCCACCCAGGGAGAAUGCCUUUGGAUCCACCUACCCCUCAUCGACAGUCUGCGCAAAAUGACUAGAGAUAUUUUCAGCGUGUCGGAGUAUGCCUACACCACCAUCCCCACCUAUCCCUCAGGACAAAUUGGUUUCAUGGUCUGUGCCAAGGCCCCCGGACGCGAUCUCAAGACCCCCGUACGUGAGGUCAAGGGUACAAAAUACUACAACAAGGAGUUGCACUCUGCCGCCUUUAUCCUUCCCGAGUUUGCGCGCGCACUUUUGGAGGAGGGACAAGAUCUGAGGCCUAAGUUCGGCCGUGAACUGCUUAAGGUUGAGCAGACCAAGGCCGAGAAAAAAAUUCUCCUCCUCGGUAGCGGGUUUGUGGCUCGUCCUUGUGCGGAAUACAUCGUCCGGGACCCGUCGAACAAACUCACCAUCGCCUGUCGCACCCUCACCUCUGCUGAAGCGCUUGCUGAGAACCUGCCAGCAACCACCGCCAUUUCCUUGGAUGUGAACAACACCAAGGUUCUUGAAGAGGCCAUCGCUGCACACGAUCUGGUCAUCUCCCUCAUUCCAUACACCUACCAUGCCGCUGUCAUCGAAGCUGCUAUCAAGGGCAAGACUCACGUCGUUACCACCAGCUACAUCUCUCCUGCCAUGCGUGCCCUCGACCAGGCUGCAAAGGAUGCUGGAAUUGUUGUUUUGAACGAGAUUGGCCUUGACCCCGGUAUUGACCACUUGUAUGCCGUCAAGACCAUCGAUGAAGUCCACGCCGAGGGGGGAAAGAUUAAGCAGUUCCUGUCGUACUGCGGUGGUCUCCCUGCCCCUGAAUGCGCUGACAACCCCCUUGGAUACAAGUUCUCCUGGUCUUCCCGCGGUGUCCUUCUUGCGCUCCUCAACACAGCCUCUUACUAUGCUGCCAACCAGCAGGUGACCGUCACUGGCAAGGAGCUGAUGGCUCAUGCCCAACCUUACUAUAUCUCCCCUGCUUUCGCUUUUGUCGCAUACCCCAACCGCGAUUCUACCCCUUUCAAGGAGUACUACAACAUCCCUGAGGCCGAAACUGUUGUCCGUGGUACUUUGAGGUACCAGGGCUUCCCUGAAUUCGUCAAGGCCCUUGUCAACCUUGGAUGGAUGGACGCCGAGAAAAAGGAGUGGUUGGUCGAAGGUCUUACUUGGGCACAAGCCACUCAGAAGGCCACCGCUGCCACUGAUGCUGAGGAGAGUACCCUCGUUGCGCGCAUCAACGAGUUGUGCGCAUUCCCCAACGAAGCCGAGAGCAACAGGAUCAUCUCUGGCCUGCGCUGGAUCGGCCUGCUCUCGGACAAACCGCUUGCGCCCCGCGCCGGCAACCUUCUCGACACGCUCUGCGCGCAGCUCGAGACUCUCAUGGCAUACGCCCCCGGCGAGCGUGACCUCGUCAUGCUCCAGCACAAAUUCGUCGUCGAGAAAGCGGACGGCACCAUCGAGACCCGCACGUCUACUCUGGAAGCAUACGGUGCUCCUGUCGGCACCGGCCCCUCCGCUAUGGCGCUCACUGUAGGACUGCCUUGCGGUAUUGCUACCCAACUCGUUCUCGACGGCGUUCUCAGCGAGCCUGGUGUGCAGGCUCCUUACACCAAGGCUAUUUGUGACCCUAUUCGUGAAGUCUUGGAGAAGGAAGGUCUUGGACUUGUUGAGAGGAUCCUCUAG